ACCCCGCAAGGGGUGGGGUGUGGUGGGCUGAGCAGUCAGCCAGAGGGGUGUGUGACUGCCAUAAGUACUGAGCAUUCCUGGACAGGCGCACAAGCGUUCAGAUCCCAAAGCGGAGCCAAACUAAACUUUAUUCAGUCCGUGUCUUUGUCAAAAGGAAAAAACAAGAAGUUCCACCGCAAGUUUGAAGAGGAAACCAAGCAGAAAAGAUGCCAGGCGAGCGGUUAACAGUCAGAGGUGCUUCUGAGAUUGGACGUUUUCCAGGUGCUGCCCCACCCACCCGGGUGGAGGUCACCAUUCAGAAGGCGGAAAAGAAGCAGGAAGAAAGUGGCUGCCGACGCUGGUUCAAAAAGAUGUGCCCGUGCUGCUGCAAGCGCCAGAGCAGCUCUUCCUAUGAUGUUACAGACAAGAUAGAGAUGAAAGUCCCAACCCCUACCCCGUCCCCGGUCAUCAACCCCGAGCCCGCCAAACCCAAACCGGAGAAUGGAGAUGCAAAGGAAAUGGAAGAAAUUAAACUGAAGGUGUGCUCAGUGGAUCUUCUCAGCUCCAGAACCGGUCAGAACAGACAGGAGCAUCACACCGACCUGUUCCACGGAGAUGAGUUGAUCAUCCGCAGAGGACAGACCUUCCAGAUGGAGAUGGAACUUGACCGUCCGUAUAACUCAGACACCGAUAAGAUACGCCUGGAGCUAAAAACAGGGCCGCUGCCUUUGGUGUCUAAGGGAACCCACGUCAUCAUCCCCUUGGUGGACCACUUGGAGGAUGAACGCUGGGAGGCCAAAGUUACCGAGCAAAACGACAACAAGAUCAAGCUUUCCGUCAAUUCUCCGGCCAACGCUGUCGUUGGCCUGUACGGCUUCACCGUCACCACUUGCUCUGGGAAAAGUGAAACGGCCAGCACUCACAACACGGACAAGAACAUCAUCAUGCUCUUCAAUCCUUGGUGUGAAGAGGACACUGUGUUCCUGGACGAUGAGGAGCAGAGGAAGGAGUAUGUGCUGAAUGACAUCGGGAGAAUUUACUAUGGCACGGAGAAACAAAUCGGCGCUCGCACGUGGAACUUUGGACAGUUUCAUGAAGGCAUUCUGGAAGCAUGCCUCUUCAUCCUGGAAAAGAGUGACAUGCCCCCUUCAGGUAGAGGAGAUCCCGUCAACGUGGUCAGAGUCUUAUCUGCUAUGAUAAACGUACAGGAUGACCUUGGCGUUCUGGUGGGGAACUGGUCAGGGAAUUACUCUGACGGCGUCUCUCCCGCGGCGUGGAGCAGCAGUGUGGAGAUCCUGAGGAAAUACCAUUCCACAUAUGGGGAGCCUGUGAAAUAUGGACAGUGCUGGGUCUUCUCUGGGGUCACUACAACAGUCCUCCGAUGUCUGGGCAUACCCUGCCGCAGUGUGACCAACUUCCAGUCUGCACACGACACGGAUGUGUCUCUCACUACAGACGUGUAUUUUGAUGAAAAUAUGGAGCCGAUCGACUACCUCAAUAGUGACUCUGUCUGGAACUUCCAUGUUUGGAAUGACUGCUGGAUGGCCAGACCAGACCUGCCUCCGGGUAAUGGAGGCUGGCAGGCUGUUGACUCCACCCCCCAGGAGACGAGCCAGGGCACAUUCCGCUGUGGCCCCGCCUCCGUCAAUGCCAUCCGCUCUGGUCAUGUUUACCUAAAACACGACGCUCCUUUUGUCUUUGCUGAGGUCAACAGUGAUAAAAUUUACUGGCAGAAGAACCUGGACGGUACUUUCAGUCAAAUCCACAGUGAGAAGAGAGCCGUGGGCCACUGCAUCAGCACCAAAGCAGUGGGUUCUGAUGAUCGGGAAGACAUCACACUCCUGUACAAACCCCCAGAAGGUUCAGAGGAGGAGCGCAUCGCUGUGGAGACCGCUAGUCGCUAUGGCAGCAAGCCAGAGGUGUAUUCUGCGCCCAUGGCGGAGGAUGUAUGUGUGGAGAUGAAAAUGGAUGGCGAGGGGCCCCGCAUCGGAUCCGAUGCACAGUUGAGCAUUGUGGUGAAGAACAUGAGCUCGGAACCCCGUCGUGCAACUCUGCACAGCCAGGUGGCUGUCAUGUACUACACGGGCGUGCUGAAGAAUGCUAUAAAGAAGGACCAGAUACCAGUGGAGCUUUUGCCCAAUGAAGAAAAGACCAUUGAGUGGGUUCUGCCCUACCAGCAGUACCAGGACCAGCUGGUGGACCAGGCUGCACUGAUGAUGACCCUGUCUGGUCGGGUCACCGAAACCAAGCAAGUGCUCGCCAACCAGAUGACUUUCAGGCUGCGUACGCCUGACCUCAAAAUAACGCCUCUGGGAGAAGCUGUAGUUGGUAAAGAAAUGUCAGCCAAGAUUACCUUCACCAACCCGCUGCCGCGUACUCUGAAGGGAGUUCUGUUCAGAGUGGAGGGCCUGGGACUUCAGAAGGGUCAUGAAGUGGUUGUCGGCGAUGUUGGCGGCCACUCCACUGUGACCCUGACCGAACACUUCAUCCCCACCCAGCCCGGAACCAGGAAGCUGGUGGCGUCUCUGGACUGUAAACAACUCUCACAAGUCCACGGAGUCGCCGACAUUGUUGUUCUUGAAAACUGAGAUUUUUGUUGUUGUUGUUUUAUACGAGUGAGGAAUAAUUCUACAGUGUGCUAACAUCUUUUUAUACUUUUGGGAGAUUUUUGAUAUUUUAAGUAUUAACAGGCUUUUAUUUUUUUAAGUAGCCUACACUUUGCCCUGCUGUAGUAAAACAAACGAGCAGGGUCUAAAAUACAAACAAAACUUUAUUAACAAUGUAUAUUAAAGUUACAAAUCUAAUACUAAUGCACUUCAGGACACUGAGCAAAGCACAUGAAGCUGCAAAUCUUGCUCAUUUAAUGAUAAUGUACUGCUCUUAAAGACCCACUGAUGAAAAUUGUGUUUUUUUAACAUGUUCUUGUGGCAUUUUUCUCACAGUGGAGGUUAAUAUGUAAAGCAAGUUAAGCUUAAUAUUGCAUGUCUGAAUAUUUCUUUAUAGAAAUCAAAGUGACUUUGGAGCAAAAAACUCGUAGCUCCUAUAUUGCUCGCUGUUGCUAACAGAUGGAUGAUGGGAAGUGGGGGUGGGUUUGCCAACAGUCCCGCCUACAAGUCAGAGAAACUACACUAUUUUGGGGAUUUUGGCUAAAAAUGAGCCAAUCAUUAUUCAAAAUAUGAUCAGUGAGACUUUAAAACUCGUCUUAAUGUGAAAAGUUCAGAUGAAAUGAAGGUUUUCUUUCAUGAAGGGAGGGGACUGUGAAAUGUUUUGUUUCACACAAAUGAAUAUUUAAAAGCAUUUUUCUGUAUCCCAUUUAGCUUUUAAAUGAAAAGUUGAAAAAUAGUCCCUUAAGUCCUCACUUUACUUUUUUUGUGUGUAUAAUAAGUGUUUAUGUACUAGAACUAGGGGUGUGUAUUGGCAAGAGUCAUGACACGAUACCAAGACAGUACCACACUAUAUUUCACUAUUUUUUAUAAAUUAUGACCUAAGAAUGAAUUAUUAAUACAUUUUUCACUUAAGUAAAAUACAUGUUAUUUAAUAAUAAGUUCUGCAACUGUAUUUCAUAAAAAAGUUGAUUUUACCCAAGCAAAUUCGUGGUGCUUUUAUUUUGAUAACUUUGGAAAUAUUUAAGUGGAUGACAAAAGUAAUGCUGAACUACAUGUUUACUUUUAAAUAAUUCAUUAAAUAUCACCUCUGCAGUGUUUUAAAUCGAUACAAGUACCAAAUAAAGUAUCGUGAUAUUUCACUGAAUCGAUAUUUUCUUACUCCCUUAAAUAGAACGGAUACACUGCAGUUCCUCCGGUUCUGUCUUCUAACAUCAGCACUCAAUGUAUAAUGUGAAGGAAACUAUAUAUAACCAUAACACUUAUCUAUAUUAUCUUUCAUGAAUGUUUUUUUUUUUUGUAUAAUUUGUGUUACGUCUGUAAUAAAAGUCACUAAAACCUGA